GAGCCCGCUUCUGUCAUCCACCUUGAGAAGGAUAUAUUCAAUGGUGCCGCGCUCGGAGCUGUAGCCUACGGCCUCAAUGUUGCCUUGUUUCUGCUGUGUGCUCCAUUGCUAUGGGCGCAACGCAAGAGAAGCCCGAAGUAUGCUUAUAGCAUGUUGGCGUUCGUCUGCACUACGUUCGGCCUUGCAACAAUUGCGAACGGCUUAGCACUUUACAUCAAUCAACUGACUUUCAUCGAUGAGCGCAACUAUCCUGGAGGACCGGCUGCAUUCGCUAUCGAACAGAACUCGAUCACCAUCAACAUAGUGGCGAUAGCUUUCUACCUCUUCAACCAAUGGCUACAGGAUGGACUACUGCUAUAUCGACUCUAUGUCUUGUCUGCUACGUUUAGAUUUUGGACGAUGCUUGUUCCGGUGUUGCUGUAUGUCGCCAGCAUAGUGUCUGCGAGUCUCUUGUUCGCUGAACUUGUCCACCCCGGGGACACUCUCUGGGAGAAGUCCAGUGUCAACAUCGCACUAACGUACUGGUGCAUCGCGGUUUCCCUCAACUUGCUCAUCACAGUCCUCAUCGUCGCGCGAUUGAUCUAUAUGCGAUCCAAAACGCGCACGCUCUUCGGGAAGGACCAUAGCUCCCCGUACUACUUGACUAUUUCAGCCAUGCUAAUCGAAUCCGCCCUCGUAUACUCCGCGUUUGACCUCGUGUUCAUCGUUACCUACGCGUUGAACAGUUCCGCAAACUUUAUUGUAUUCCCUGUGGUAGGCCAAGUCGAGACUCUUGCACCGCUGCUUAUAGUAUGGCGAGUCGCGCAAGGCCGAGCGCUCACCAAGAAAACAGUGCAUGAAAUGACG